CUGUUGGAGCUUUGCUGCCACCUGUCGGUGUAUUGAGGCAGUUUGUUUUAAAAACAUCACUUAAGGCUUUAGUACAGGCCGCUUUGAUACAUUUUUACAGAAAUAAUGAAACGCCACAACAGAAAUACGUUUCAAUCAUCGAGCAGAGGCCGGCCGGCUCCUCUGGGAUUAACCACGGCUAAAAGAAAUACGUUUGAAUCACUGAGCAGAGGCCGACCAGCUCCUCUGGGAUUAACCACGGCUAAAAGAGUCCCCCAACAAUUUAUUGAAGCCAUGAAACGCAUUUCAGGAACCCCGGAAGUGGCUUCGAAGCCUCAGUUAAAGCAGCCUUCAGCAAAGGAGGCUGUGGACAAAUGGAAACCUGCAUUCCAGGCAGUCGAUAAGCAGAAAGAGGAGCCUGAAGAGAAAAACCCCAAGGAUGCGACCAGGGCCAGCAUCUAUGACCCCAGCAGCCCUCUGUCGUCAGACUCGGAUGCAGAGACGUCGCUGCCUCCAGACCGCCAGCCCCCCCCUCCUCAGGACAUCAGCCUGAGAUCCCAGCAUCUGUCUGCGGACAGAGACAGCAGGCGCUGGGAGGCGUCCAAGGCUGAGGCCACGGGGCCUCGUCUGGAAUAUUCUAGAGAAAUGACCUCCACUCUCAGGGCAUCGCCACCCAGGUUAAAACGCGACCAUCAGCCGCUGGGUUACGUAGAAAGAGGACCGGAUAUAGAGGCGCCGACGCCUCCGAAGCUGACGAGAACCAAGGGGGAGAAAGCUCCACUGGCCAGCAUCUAUGACCCCAGCAGCCCUCUGUCGUCAGACUCGGAUGCAGAGACGUCGCUGCCUCCAGACCGCCAGCCCCCCCCUCCUCAGGACAUCAGCCUGAGAUCCCAGCAUCUGUCUGCGGACAGAGACAGCAGGCGCUGGGAGGCGUCCAAGGCUGAGGCCACGGGGCCUCGUCUGGAAUAUUCUAGAGAAAUGACCUCCACUCUCAGGGCAUCGCCACCCAGGUUAAAACGCGACCAUCAGCCGCUGGGUUACGUAGAAAGAGGACCGGAUAUAGAGGCGCCGACGCCUCCGAAGCUGACGAGAACCAAGGGGGAGAAAGCUCCACUGGACAAGUGCCCCAUCACCUGUGACCUCUGUGACGUCAAGCUGUCCAACGCCCAGGAGCUGGAGGAUCAUUUGGACAGCAAAGGCCACUGGGAUACACUGGAGUACAUCCAGCGCAGCAGUAACUAUGACGACAUGGCCGUGGCCUUCCUACAGGAAGUCAUGGUGUAUAAAAGCCAGCACUGCAGCCGAGCCGUAGAGGAAACCGCUUUACCAGGGCUGCAGGAAAACCACCACAUGAGCAAAGUUGAAAUGCUUUACUGUGCAGCUUGUAAAGUCCAUGUGUCCACGUCUGCAGCCGAGGUGCAGGCUCACAUCUCCUCCCUGGAACACCUCUCCAACAGCAAGGAGUUUGAGGUGCAGCAGAGACGUUCCUGCCUCAGCAAAGCAGAGGCCAUGCUCAAGAAGCUACAGCCCCAGUUUGACCUCUUUCUCAAGGGAACCUGCCCAUUCGAAUGACCGCCUCUGAAGAACAGCUUUGGACCCAGUGAGCCACGGGACGCGAGCCCCACCCUAACAGAACCACGGCGUUCAGACUGUCGUCCCUCCCAUAUGCAUUCCACUCAAUAAAAUACUGUCUCCAUUUGG